UAACAGGUGGCGUCUUCUUUUAGAAACACGCUCAUGUAGCCUACUCUACACCUUAAUGAGGAAUACGCGUGGACGCAUGAAAAUAUUCAGAAGAAUUACAUUUGCCGGUGAUAACAGAUAUAAUGGCUGUUUUCAAGCAGCAGCAGGUUGAGGAUUUCUAUGAGAUUGGAGAGGAACUUGGAAGUGGGCAGUUUGCAAUUGUGAAGCAGUGUCGUGAAAAAAGCUCAGGGUGCGACUUUGCAGCAAAGUUCAUAAAAAAGCGUCAGAGUAAUGCCAGUAGAAGAGGUGUGCUCAGAGAGGAGAUCAAGCGAGAGGUCAACAUCCUGCAGCAGUUACACCAUCCCAAUAUUGUAAUGCUGCAUGAUGUGUAUGAGAACAAGACAGAUGUGGUGCUGAUUUUGGAGCUAGUGUCUGGAGGAGAACUUUUCGACUUUCUUGCUCAGAAAGAGUCUUUGAGUGAGGAGGAGGCCACACAGUUUAUCAAACAAAUUCUGGAGGGUGUGCACUAUCUGCACACGAGGAAUAUCGCGCAUUUUGACCUAAAGCCUGAAAACAUCAUGCUUCUGGAUAAGAAUGUUCCUCUGCCCCGAAUCAAACUCAUUGAUUUUGGCUUGGCGCACAAAAUUGCUGAGGGGGUUGAAUUUAAAAACAUCUUUGGAACACCAGAAUUUGUUGCUCCAGAAAUUGUCAAUUAUGAACCGCUGGGACUGGAAGCAGAUAUGUGGAGUGUUGGUGUUAUUACAUAUAUUCUGUUGAGUGGGGCGUCUCCCUUUCUAGGAGAAACAAAGCAAGACACACUGGGAAAUAUCUCAGCCAUGAACUAUGAGUUUGAUGACGAGUUCUUUGGCCACACCAGUGAACUUGCCAAGAAUUUUAUACGGCAACUGCUGGAAAAAGACACCAAAAAGAGACUCACAAUUCAAGAUGCUCUGAACCACGGGUGGAUCAAGUCUAAUGAGCACAAGGACGAGCGCAGUAAAGCUCCAGAGAGGAAGAGGGAGCGUAGGCAGCUGAAGACCAAGCGACUCAAGGAGUACACUAUAAAGUCCCACUCCAGCAUGCCCCCUAAUAACACCUACAUCAACUUUGAGCGCUUUGCUCAGGUGGAGGAAGAAAUCUCAAACAUGGAGGGCACCUUCUGCCAGCUGACCUCGGCCCAGGACUCCCUCCAGGAAGACAUUGACGCUCUGGUGUCCAUCUACAAUGACAAGGAGAUGUUGUACAAAGAAGAGAGCGAGAGCAUCAGGCACGAGUUAUCCCAGCUCCGUUACGAGUUUCGUAAGGUAGAGGCGCAGAGACGGGGUGUUGAGGAAGACAUGAGGAGCGUGGACGCCAGUGUUAACAGGAUUAGCGAGCGGUAUAAGGAGAGGCAAAUGCAUUAUGAGGCCCUCCAGAUGGAGCUGUGUGCCGAGCUGCAGUGGGUGCAGGAGGUGGUGGGUUCAUUUCAGGUCACUUUUCCAAACUGUAGCUUCAGCAGCGUGUUUGCUACCGAUGUCAAUGAAGCACUCAAAGAGUUGCUGAACCGAUCUUGUGGAGGAGACUUGCUGACAGACCAGCAGAGAUGACACAUUUACAACCCCCACCCACUGAUAAAUACAUCAGUGCACAACGCCACUUACAGCAGGCGUCUUGCGGGUUCACAGCAGGUUGGAGAACAUAUGUGAAAUAUGAGAUGCAUUUAUGUCCAUACAUUAUUUAAACCCACUUGUCCUCUGCAGGGACGCUAUGAUGUCUUUUCAUGUUAUCCUUUAAACAGUAUUGUGUUGUCAAACAUCUUAAAAUAAUAUACUAUUAUAUAUAUUAGUAUAUAUAUAAUAUAUACUAUAUACUAUUAUUUUUCAGAUUACCGAUUUUAAAUGGUGCUACAAAACUAUAACGUAUUCUGAUUUAUAUUAGGUGUGUUGUAAAAAUUGUGCUUUCUUUCUUAAUAAUUACGUACAUGUAAUUUGAUUUGUUUCGUAAUUCACAUUCGUUCACACAUCCUGGUGUCCCCUGUUGGUUAUUUGUUUAGAACUGAUCAAACAAGGUUAAAAUGGCAAGUUUAUUAAACCCAUUUAUGUUGAAUGCUUCAAUCUGAUUGGUUGACAAACGUUCUACGGGUAUGCAUUGAUUUAUAGUAAAUGUACACCUAUGAAGAUGUUCCAGG